AUGGAGAUCGAUCCAAAUGACGACUGGAGCUUUGAGCAGCCAUUAACGGCCAUUGCACGGGUAUUGUGUCUCUGCUUGAUGAGUUUUGGCGCGCCGGUCCGCGACCAGGCGUGGCGAAAUCAGGCAUCGAAGAAGCUGCCGGUCUGGAAGACGAGUUUCGAUCAUACCCGCUCCCAAAUCCCGGAAAGAGAAUUACGGCAAAACCCACCGAGCUCAGAAUAUAGUCCCUCGGAGAGUUCUGGACGGACGGCGUCAGAGUACCUCCCAUCAUCCUCUCCGAUUGAAUCUCCUACGCAACGACGUCGAAUACCGACCCGGUCUCGAGCCCAGUGCGCGCCGAAUACCAUGGAG